CUGAUAACCUGGAUACUAUUUUCUAAUUCUGCUGUUUGUAAAAUGAACAUAAAUCUUCAUCGUCAUAUUUUCUAUAAUGAUCCAUAAAGGUGUUGUUAUUUAGAUAUUAUGUGUAUGUACAAAACUACAGACAACUGUUCCAUCAUAUGUAAUGUAAGGUCCUGAUUUAAUCCAGACGUGACAUUUCUGCUAAGGUGUGUGUGUGUGUGUGCUUAUUAUAUAUCGGGAUGCCAGCAGUAAAGAACCCGUACACAUGACACGUUGUCACUUCAAUGUCAAUGCAGCAUGUCACUUUAUUUUAUUCUCUAUGUGCACCAGGGGAAAACAAAGGCAGUGCCAGUAGUAAGAAGCUAAUAUUGUCUACAAAGGGCAGCUGACCACAAUAUAUUUAGCACAGGGGCAAUGCAAAGGAACAAUUUUAACUGUGGCAUGGGCUGGCAUUCCCUUUUCUCAAAGGCUUGUGGAUAGUGAAUAAGGCAGGAACAUGUGUGUAUGAGUGUGUGAGAAAUAAAAAGAGAGGAGGGGGAGAGGGGAAGCAUAGAGGGGGAGUGUAGUGGCGUGAAGCCUCAGUUCAGUAGCCAGAGCCGUUAGAGGUACAGAUCUCUCUGCAGUCAAGCAGCAUGUUUCUUUUCACACUCGGACUGUAUUUACCUCUCCUUCUUCAUUAUGCUUCGUCACACUCCUUCAUGGACAACAUUUUCUCCUUUCCAGCAGAACUGGAAGCAUUAGAACCCAGGAGGAAAUUUAACCCAUGCUGUUUGCUGACUCCACCACCACCCCCGUUGUUCCCCCCACCCCCGUCACUGUGGCACAAACCUCGGAGUGAUCAUGGCAACUCUGAGAGAGAUGGAAAUACAGAGGGAGAUGAUAAGAAGCCAGCAGGCUCUGCCUGCCGGGUGGGAGCACCCGGCCCAGCCGGACCUCCAGGACCACCAGGACCUCAGGGUCCUCCUGGAUUACCAGGGCCAAAGGGACCAAAAGGAGAAAAGGGAGAAAUCGGGAGGCCCGGACAAAAGGGUCGCACUGGCUCCCCAGGCCUGCCAGGACGACAGGGACCAAACGGAUGGCCAGGAUCGAGCGGGCCCAAGGGAGAGAAAGGUGAUUCUGGACUGAUGGGCUUGCCUGGAGCACGAGGACCAAUAGGACCCAAGGGAUUGCCUGGAUACAAAGGAGAAAAGGGCUCACGCGGUGACCGAGGCGAAGCUGGCCAAAAGGGUCAGAAGGGCACAAUGGGGCUGGCAGGAAUGCUUGGCCAGAAGGGAGAAAUGGGCCCAAAAGGAGAGUCCGGCAUCCCAGGAAGCAGAGGACCCACUGGGCAACCGGGAAAAAGAGGCAAACAGGGUCCAAAGGGAGACACUGGUCAGACAGGACCAAUGGGACCAGCAGGCCCUCAGGGACUACCUGGUCAUCCCGGUCCUCCUGGUCUGCCUGCUUCAGGGCUGUAUGUGGUGGGGCCAAAGGGGGAAAAAGGGCAGCCAGGCCUCCCAGGCAACUGUGGCUGUAACUCGCUUGUGAACCCUUCUAGUUCAUUUGACCAGCACUCCAAAACCAGCUAUCCCAGAGUACCAGCGAUUUUUGUGGUGGAUAAUGAACAUGAACUGGGCAGUCUCCACACUGAUAACGCACUGGCUUUCCGUAAAGAUCAGAGGACUCUAUAUUUUAAGGACACUGAUGGAUGGUUGCCAAUUCAGCUAACACCAUUUCAGUCAACCGAGCAUGCUCCAGAUCAGGAAGGUUUCUGUGGCGAUGGUAUUGUGCAAGUGGAGAACGGAGAGGAGUGUGAUGACAGAAACAAGGUGAUCACAGACGGCUGUGUCAAGUGCAGACAUGCAUUCUGUGGUGAUGGCUAUCGGUAUGAUGGAGCUGAGGAGUGCGAUGGAAAAGACUUUGGAUAUCAAACCUGCAACUCGUAUCUGCCUGGAUCAUAUGGACAUCUUAAAUGCACUGCAGAGUGUUUCAUUGACUCAACAAGCUGCAAAUAUUUUACAUGAGGAGAUAAGAGAAAACACAGAGCCCCACAAUUUUUUUGUGAAAGUUGCAGGGAACAAGAAUGAAGGCACUGCAGACAAACAGACUAUUAAAAUACAGUUGAUUUGUGGGCAGAGGGAUACAAACAUGCAUAUUACACUAGUUUGUUGCAGUGCUUCUGAGAAGAAGCCACGUAGUUCACUGGAAAAUGAGCACUCUGCUCAGUCACGGCAAUCGCACAGGACCCAUUGCUCUCUGUCUUAAGGACUCAACCAGGAUGCUGUUCUCUGUUCUGUUCAGCCUUCUCUCUGUGGUGCUGGACACCUGCUUGACAUUCGGCUUAGAUGGUUUACCACGAAUCUGCUCUCUUUUGAAAGGCAAGCCUGGAUUAGACUCAAUACCUCAAAGUACAACUUUUCCACAAGGAUGCCAUUUUCUAAUGGCCCACCCCUCCAUCUCUUUCCCAGGGUGCUGUGUUGUAUUUGGACUGCAAUGUGAAACAAUUAGCAUUUUGCAUGAGGGCUGGGCUGGUUGAAGUAGGGUGUACUGGGAUACUAUGGCAUUCAACUAAUGCCAAAAAACCCACUCAACUCAUUAAAGCUACUGUAUGUAGAUAGAACGAAUGGCCUUGACCAAGUCAGGGUACAAGGCUUCAUGCUGAAGUGCUUCAGUAAAGGAUCGGGUAAAACCAGCUGGCUUAGUCCAUGAUGCUGAUGCUGAAUGGAUCUUUUCCGUGGUGCUAAGCCAAGCACAGGGCUGUAAAAACAUCAGACAAGCUGCAAGGUAAAAAAAAAAAAAGUACUGCCCUGAAAAAAGAAAAACAAUAGAAAGAAUUGGCUAGUGCUCAUAAUGUGGUUAAGUGCUCUGACUAAGCCUUGUUAAGGUCAGGGUUCGAUUUUAGCUAAACGUCAUCAUUCUUACCUCAGGAACUCUCUGAAUAAUCUCAUCCUUAGAGCUGGUCCACCUCUAUCCCUAGGUGGAACAAGGCUUACAUAUUCCAAUAUUCUUAAUCUAGUCUGUUAUGUGUAUUUGCUGUAAAUGCUUCAAGAAUUGAUGAAGAAAAAAAUUCUGAUCCUUUGGGAUCUUGACUCUGAGCUUAUUUAAGGUGGUAAGUGAAUCACAUAUUAUGGCUGUCAAACUGUUAGAAAAGAUUUCUGUACUGUCAGGUAGCUUUGGCAGGGGAAGUCUUUUGCUGCUAUCUAGUAGGCUAAAGACUGUUGGAGUUAACCUUACCAUCAACAGUUACUGACCAUUUUUGUCAUAAUUCUUAGACUGCAUAUGCAGCAUGAAUUUUCUGGAUAAAAAAAAUGCAAUGCAUCAUACCAUAUAUCACUGUUCUUGUAUUGUGACAUUUUUAUACAUUCUAUUGAAAACUACUGAAAGUGGGUUUUUUCAUACUCUGAAGGCUUUUGAGAUUUCUCAAUACUUCUCCAUUUCUGGAAGUGAUAUAUACUAUUCAUGGCUUCAGAUCUAUUAUAUAGGACAUAAAACUUGCAUAAGCAUGUUAUAACUACUGUAUACGCUCACCGUGAAGGUCGUGAUUGCUUUAUUAUUUUUGAUUACCGUAUAUUAUUUCCAGAACUCUGUGUUUUUAUGAUGUCUGAUGUUUUUGCAAGGUAUGACUGUUUGUGAAGUGCAUUAGGUAUCUCAUGGAGUUAUCUUCUCUUUUCAAUGAUACAAGAAAAUGUGUUAAAAUGUAUGUUAUGAUGUGUAUUGCACUAUAUACAAAGAGAAAAUGGCUCAGUAAGCAUCCACUGGUGCUGUUGCAUGUUGAUAUAAUGCAGCGAUUAAUAUUCUGUCCUACUGUAAUGUGGAUUAUAAAGAAAUUCUUGUUUGGUACAGCCAUUAAAAUAAAGUUUAUAAAGCUA